GGCGGUUUGGUUGCACGAGGAGUCGCGAGGAGCCUCUGAUGACAGACAGCAGAUCCGCUGCCUCACUGACUGCGACACCUGGACACGCACCGACACCAAACACAUGAAGGAGAGCCAACUGUAGGCGAGGAAGAGGAGGAGGCUUUCCUAAAAAUAUAAAGAAGAGGAAGAAGAAGAGGAAGAAGAAGAAGAGGAGGAGGAGAGGAGCGGGGGCAGGCAGCAGUCAGCCGGGUGGCCGGGACACGGAGCCGGACCACGGGGGGAGAAAUCACCGUCACAUCCCAUCACCGCUCGGAGAUGACAAAGGCCCAGUGAAGCAGAGAGAGAUGUCGCAGAAGAAGAUAUUCCUCGUCUUCGUCGCCAUCAGUACCGUCAGUCUACUGCUGCACCAUGGGGGCCACUUGAGCUGGACCAUGGAGGCCUUCCACCUUGGCUGUCCUGCCCUCCGCUCUCACCCUGCCCCAGGCCUGAAACCUAAACACACCAAUGUGGCCUUCCUCAAGACCCACAAGACGGCCAGCACCACCAUGCAGAACCUGCUUUUCCGCUUCGCGGAGCGCAACAACCUCACGGUGGCGUUGCCCGUGCAGGCCUGCAGCCACCAGUUCUGCUACCCCCGCUCCUUCACCGCUCACUUUGUCCACCCACACACGCUGCCGCCAAACAUCAUCACCAGCCACAUGCGCUUCAACAAGGCAGAGCUGCAGCGCCUGAUGCCCAACGACACAAUAUAUAUCACAAUCCUAAGAGAGCCGGGCUCCAUGUUUGAAUCCUUGUUCAGUUACUACAACCAGUACUGCCAGAGCUUCAAGAGGGUUCCUAACGGCUCCCUGGAGGCUUUCUUAGAAGAGCCCUGGCGCUAUUACCGACCAGAUGAGAAGGACUCCAUGUAUGCACGCAACACCUUGACCUUUGACUUGGGUGGAGACAAGGAUCGCCCAGCAACAGAUGUGGCGUAUGCACGGGCGUUUCUGGCAGAGGUGGAGCGAGUUUUCUCCCUGGUGAUGAUUGCUGAGUACUUUGAUGAGUCACUGGUUCUCCUUCGCCAUCUCCUCUCUUGGGACCUGGAUGACAUUCUGUAUGUUAAACUCAACAUGCGGACGCCGAGCUCAAAGCGGAGCCUGACACCAGGACUUCCAUCAAAGAUCCGUGCCUGGAAUUCCUUAGACGCACGUCUCUACGACCACUUCAACGCCUCCCUGUGGCGCCAGCUGUCAGCUCUGGGUCCUGCCUGUGUGGCACGGGAAGUACGACUCCUACGGCGAGCGCAGGAGAGGUUAAUGAGAAGUUGCUUUGGUGGGCGGAUGCCACUUCUCCGAUCAGCUGCGCAGAUCAAAAACAAGGAUCUCCGCCCCUGGCAGCCUAGCGGAAAAGUCGACAUUGUUGGCUACGACCUUCCAGUAAAUCUCAGCCGUGGGUUCUCGAGCCAGGCCCAGGAGCUCUGCCUCAAGCUCAUCAUGCCAGAGGUCCAGUACACACGAGUGCUCCUACGCUCUCAAUCACUGCGCUACCGCCGAGGCUACCAGCUCCGGCCCCCACAGCAGUCACAUCCCCUCCAGCAGCCCAUACGCACAGUCCUGCCACGGCAUCCUCAAGUGCAACGCAGCCAACUGCCUCCUGCAGCCUCAGGCCCUGCAUCAGGGACAGGCUCCACCUCCACCUCAAAGCCCGCUGUAGGGACUCAAGGUCGAACCACAAAGUUGGGACCUAAAUCCUUGCAGACCCAGGCCUCACAGACAGAAAAAUAGACUGGAAUAUAAUAGUGCCCAAUAGACUGCAUUGUCCUACCCAUCCUGACCCUCGAGACAAUGUUGCUUGAUUGGUGGGGGCUGUUGGGAACACGGGCGUCCUUGGGAAAAAGUCUGGGUUGCUCUUGAAUCAGUGUCUCUUCUGCCCCUUACAGACUGAGUUUGGGAUAAAAAUAAAUGAGAAACAAGUGAAAGAAAGGGGGCUAGACAUAUCUGGACUUGAACUUGAAUCUCUCCCCUCUAGUCUGUGAAACAAUAUCAGGGUUGGCAGACACAAAAGUGGGAGAAAUCUACACAAGGACUCGGCUCAAUUGCGCGCCUCUGCACGCCCGACAACAGCGGAUGGGAGAGGGUUUUAGGUGAAAGUGGAUCAUUGAAGCAAAUCUGUUAUGUGCGACCGGGACUCAAUAGGGAAGUGGCGAUAUCGGGGGCCCAUUGUGAGGCACAGAGUGGGCAUUGUGUGUAUCACACUGGUAGAGUAUCAUGUUACUUGCUUUCAUUCUCUGUUUCUCAAGCUCUCUCUUGCUAACAUAUGCCACUUAAAGUCCUUGAGAGAGACAUAAUGACAUAAAGGGAUCAGCUGUCAGGCGUCCAAAGAGCCUCCUAAGAGGCCAGACAGACAUUGAGAUCACCUCCAACCAUUAAUACAACAGCACAAUCAACAACUCUUCUUCUUCUCUUACAAACUCUAGAGCCUAAAGCGACGGAGAUAGGGGGCUAAAAAGCCAGAUAGACGAAGAAAGAGAGACUUCAUACUAAAGACUGGAUGCCAUUAGCGCUAUGACUCACACAGAGACAGAAUACACACAUCAAGCCUGUAUCUCUUCAGCUUUCGACCUCUCUGCAUCCUUCUCUCCAUCCUCCAUCCUCUCAUCCCUGCUGCUACCCUCUGAUUAGGCUCUUAAUCUAAAGAGCAGCACCGACAUCUUGUUUUCUGCACCUCUGAUUGCAGUCUCCAUCCUCGGACCAACAGCUGAGAUCGCAUCUUGCAUCCUGGACACUUUGUAGGUUUCUAGACGUGGGGUUUUUGUUUCCAAUCUCACUGCAAUAAGAUCUCCAGGCCUACGUUCCUAUACAAAAGGCAUGGAUUUAAUAACCUACCAGCAGCCCCACUCCGCGCACACCGGCACAAACGUGAAACACCUUCGCAGGACAAAGACUUGAGGCCCGUGGGUUGCAGUGUUUGAAUAUUUAAUCGUCUCCUCUCACGGCCCUCCUAUGGCUCGUGUUCUUGGGUUACAUGGCCGUACAUUUUCAUUAAGAGUACAAGGACCGGGCGAAAGUGGCUCGUUCUGAAACUCGGAAAUGCAGAAGGACAAAGCAAGAGCAUCGAUGAAGGAUGCUUAAAGCCUCGUACGGCUGGUGGGCCGGCUGGUUUGGCUGUGAUCUUAAAAUGUCAUCACUUAUCUCAGCUGUGAUCCAUUUUUAAUCCGUUCUGCUCAUAUUUAAUGUGUCAUUUAUGUUCUUUUAUUCCUCCAGUGAUCAGCAGGACACUGCUAAGUGACUGGGGGGCGGAGGAAGGAUGUCUGAGUGUAUUCAUGAGUGUGUGAGUGUGUGUGUGUGUGUGUGUGUGUGUGUGUGUGUGUGUGUGUGUGUGUGUGUGUGUGUGAGCCAGGAAGCAGCUCUAUCUGCUUCAUGUUGUAUUUUUUUUCUCAAGGCCAGCCGAGUUGGCAUGGCAACAAAGGAAAUAAUGUGUGUGAGAUUUAUUAAAACUAUGUAUUAUUUAUUAUCGGGAUUUAAAGAGUCCCAUUACUGUAUUUUUAACUGUUGUUUUUCAUGAAUCACUGGAUAAGGAAACCUCAUAUGUUCGGCAUACCGCUUCAGGCAGCUGAGGUGGAACAAGGCAUGUGGCAAUGAUAUAAAAAAUUCAUUCUAUACAUGUUUUACAUAAUGCAAGACUACAAAGACCACUUCUGAAAACCGCACAUUAAAACAAGUGUAGUCACUUUAAAAUUAAUCUUUCAUUCGGUGGUGCUUAAGUGCUCGACCACACAAAGCUUUUGUGGUUGGAGUCUGUCGCACUGUAGGUUACAAUAAUGAAAAACACACAAACCGCUGCUGCUCCGGCAGGAGUGGGAAGCGGAGCGGGCGGAAAACAGACCCGCAUAGAGGAUAAACAGUUUUAUGAAGUGGCUGUGAAUAUCUGAAUUCAAAGUGUGCUUAUCUGAACUUACCGGGGGAACCUCAGCUUUGAAAGCACGAGAUGCACAGCAGUUUUUAUUUAUUUACAGGGUGUUUGAAAUGUGUUCAGAUAUGUGUAAUAUUUCUUCAAGGUACAUACACUGCAAGAACUCACUUUAGAGGAUAAGGCUGGCGUUUUUCUACACUUUUCUUCCUGUCAACAAAUCCCACGAAAAAGGCCAAAACCAACAAUGUGUCAGUCCGUCUGCCAGCUUCUCCACACUGUCUGUGGCACACGGCUUUAAGUGCAUUGGUUCCUGCUGUAAAGCUUUAAAAACUGAUCACAAAUAAGUGGUUUAAUCUUUGAAAAAGGCUCAGCAAUUUUGUUAAAUAGCUGGGCACUGUAGUUUUUAGCAAAUGUUGCUCAAACAGGAGAAAUAGUGCAUUUAUUUGGGACUAUUUUCAGCUGCGGAUGAAUACACAUUUAGAGGAUUAAUGAGUAUUUCCAGCAGCAGAACUGUGCAAAAUACAGUGCCCCUGUUUGUCGUAACGAUGGAACAUGUCACCCAGUGCAACAGUGGGACACACUGAUGUGUUUUUGACAGUUGUCUGACAACAAGGGUGCGGUAGUACGAUCAAUCCAUUGUUGGGUUUCGUCUUUUAAUUUGAUUUGUUCACAGUAGGAGGAAUAUAGAAUAUAACCAUACUUAUCCAUGCUGUAUAUUACGGUACACUGUAUUUUGAUUAGCUUGAUUAGCUGCUACAUGUAAAGAAAGCAUUCUGGCUUUGAAUUAAACUCCUAAAUUGCUUCAACCUGCUGUAAAAUAAUAAGAAAACACUUAAUUUAUAUGUUUGUCUGUCACUCAUUAAAGGGCGGGUCCAUUAUUGUGUUCUUAUAUCAUUCUGUAGCUUCUCAGUAGUGUUGCUUAUGUCUUCAAAUCCAAAAAUUCAAAGUUUGAACCUCCACGUUUUAGCAUCAAAAUGCUAUUUUUCAAUGCCCUUCUAAAAACGUUUGCCCACGUGACCUGGCAAAGGUAGAUUAGCAAUAUUCAAUGAGCCCUCUGAAAGCUAAGUAGCGUGUUGCUGUUGACGCCGUGUUAGUUUGGAUCCGAAAGUCACACAAUACCACAAACAAAUUAAGCGAUCGAAGCAGCGGUACAGCAGCAACUCCCGUGUUCUGCGAGGUAAAAUUACAGGUUUUGUUAAAGGAGUCUGGUGGCUUUGAAGAGCAUUAUAUUGUGGCGUAAGUUCCCCAUUAGAAAGGGCUGUCUGACAGCAAGGUAAAGUGGUGAAAUUAUUACACUGACUAUGAAUAAGUACCUCACACAACACCUUUUAAAUAUACAAACUAACCCUUUUAGUUAUAUUUAUUAUUGUUAUUAUCAGCAAUUGCCGCUCAAGCCUAUGUCAUUGCUUUUUGCUAACAGCUUAGUGGUCAAUUUAAUUUAAAAAAUACCAGAAAAGAACACAGAUGGACCCGCCCUUUAAACAUUUAAGGAGACCAAAAGUGUUCAAUAUUAAAUAGAUGAACAGGACAUUAUAAGAUAAACAAUCAUGUGAAUAAAUUUUGAUAAAUAAACUUUUUUUGCAGGUCAUUUUUAUUUCAUACUGCUUUUAAAAUUAAAUUAAAUUGAAUUAAAAUUUAUUUUAAUUUUUUUUAAAAAAUAUAUAUAUAUAUUAUUAUUUCCAAAUGCCACUUUUUUUUUUUUUUUUUUUUUUU